CCCUCCCCGACCUGGAUGCCCUCCUCACAGGUCUCCACCGGGAACCUUCUGGUCAUCCUGAGUCGACACUACCAGGACGUCUCCUGCCUGCAGUUCACCGGGGACAGCAGCCACUUCGUCUCGGGGGGCAAGGACUGCCUGGUGCUGGCUUGGAGCCUCUGCAGCGUGCUGCAGGCCGACCCCUCCAGGAUCCCGGCACCCCGGCACGUCUGGUCUCACCACACGCUCCCCAUCACGGACCUGCACUGCGGCUUUGGGGGCCCCCUGGCCCGGGUGGCCACCUCCUCGCUGGACCAGACGGUGAAGCUGUGGGAGGUCUCCUCGGGGGAGCUGCUGCUCUCCGUCCUCUUUGACGUGGCCAUCAUGGCAGUGACCAUGGACCUGGCUGAGCACCACCUGUUCUGCGGGGGCAGCGACGGCUCCAUCUUCCAGGUGGACCUCUUCACCUGGCCGGGACAAAGGGAGAGAAGCUUCCAGCCAGAGCAGGACGCCGGGAAGGUCUUCAAAGGGCACAGGAACCAGGUGACCUGCCUGUCGGUGUCCACGGACGGCAGCGUGCUGCUCUCGGGCUCCCAUGACGAGACCGUGCGGCUCUGGGACGUGCAGAGCAAGCAGUGCAUCAGGACUGUGGCCCUCAAAGGCCCCGUCACCAACGCCAUCAUCCUGCUGGCACCCGUCAGCAUGCUGAGCUCAGACUUCAGGCCCAGCCUGCCGCUGCCUCACUUCAACAAGCACCUGCUGGGCGCCGAGCACGGGGACGAGCCGCGCCACGGGGGCCUCACCCUGCGCCUGGGUCUCCACCAGCAGGGUUCCCUGCCCGGUGGGGUGAGCGCACCCCAGGCCACCUCUGCCCUCUGACCCCCACUCCUCCCACAGAGUGUGCUCGGCGGCCAGGACCAGCUGCGCGUCCGCGUGACGGAGCUGGAGGACGAGGUGCGCAACUUGCGCAAGAUCAACCGGGACCUGUUCGACUUCUCCACGCGCUUCAUCACGCGGCCGGCCAAGUGAAGCCCGGAGACCCCACGCGGCCCGGACUCUCCCCGGUUCUGCGUCCCCAUCACUGGGCCGUUUUGGCGUCUUGCGGGACACGUCACGUUGGUGUUAGUCUGUUUUUCACAAAAAAAAAUGGAAAGCUGCUUUCCA